AUGGUGGGAGGCGCACACCGGCAAGUAUCCGCGCCAGCAGGGCGAGGGAAGAGGAACGAAGAGGACGCCUCCAAGGAGGUAGCGGCGUCCGCAAACGUCGCCGUCCAGGCUUUCACCCAACCACCGCCUGUUGCGACCUUCCGGAGCCCGGCUGAGGAAGGAUGCAGAAAGCCCCAGUCCCGGGCCAGGCAGAUCCGGCCGCCAGCCCAUGCCGGCGUGAGCCCGGCACCCCGUAGUCGGCCUUAUCCGGGAGGGGAGGGCGUAGGCUGCCAGGAGCCUGAUGCACGCAACCGGAGGGUCGACGCACGAGGUCACCAUGGGGCCCAACCGCACGGACGCCGCAGCCCCGGGCCAGUCGUCGACGAGACCACCAGAGUCGAGUCCGAGCGCCAGUGUCGCGCCAGCCCGCGGUCGCCCAAGCGCCGGCCGGCUAGAUCCGGCCAUCGGGCAACCGGAUCCGGCCACCACACCGCCGGAUCUAGCUGGAGCCCCGCCGAAGCCGCCUCUGGAGGAGUUGGCCGCCACCAUGAUGAAGCUCUGAUAAGUCAGUCUCAAGGAAGUUUGCACAGACAUCGCUCAACAAAUUUGCUCAGACCAGCUGCUGCUAUUUCAGUUGAACAAGAUGAAGUCAAUACUUAUCUUCCAAAAGGUGAUAUGUGGUCUAUGCACAAGUUUGGUGGAACCUGUAUGGGAACACCCCAAAGAAUCCAGAGUGUCGCAGAUAUAGUUCUUGGUGAUUCUUCUGAGAGGAAGCUGAUAAUUGUUUCAGCAAUGUCCAAAGUAACCGACAUGAUGUACAACCUUGUACAGAAGGCUCAGUCAAGGGAUGAUUCAUAUACAAUAGCAUUGGACGAAGUUUUCGAGAAGCAUAUGGCUGCAGCAAAGUAUCUCCUUGAUGGAGAAGAUCUUGCAAGAUUCUUGUCUCAGUUGCACUCAGACGUCAGCAACUUGCGAGCCAUGCUCCGUGCUAUUUAUAUAGUUGGGCAUGCGACAGAAUCUUUCUCUGACUUUGUUGUUGGGCAUGGAGAGUUGUGGUCUGCGCAGAUGCUGUCAUAUGCAAUAAAGAAGUCUGGGGCACCCUGCAGUUGGAUGGAUACAAGAGAAGUUCUAGUUGUAAAACCCAGUGGUUCUAAUCAAGUAGACCCUGAUUAUUUGGAAUCUGAGAAGCGACUUCAGAAAUGGUUUUCUCGGCAACCAGCUGAGAUAAUAGUUGCUACAGGGUUUAUUGCAAGUACAGCUGAAAACAUUCCUACAACUCUAAAAAGGGAUGGAAGUGAUUUCUCAGCAGCCAUAAUUGGUUCUCUUGUCAGGGCACGCCAGGUCACUAUUUGGACUGAUGUUGACGGGGUAUUUAGCGCUGAUCCUAGAAAAGUUAGUGAGGCUGUGAUCUUAAGCACUUUGUCUUACCAGGAGGCCUGGGAAAUGUCAUAUUUUGGGGCGAAUGUUUUGCAUCCGCGCACCAUUAUACCUGUGAUGAAAGACAACAUUCCCAUUGUUAUUAGGAGCAUGUUCAAUCUCUCUGCCCCUGGAACCAUGAUUUGCAAGCAGCCUGCCAAUGAAAAUGGUGAUUUAGACGCAUGUGUCAAAUCAUUUGCUACCAUCGAUAAUUUAGCACUUGUUAAUGUUGAAGGAACUGGAAUGGCUGGUGUUCCAGGUACAGCAAGUGCUAUAUUUAGUGCUGUUAAAGAUGUUGGAGCUAAUGUUAUCAUGAUAUCUCAGGCUAGCAGUGAACAUUCAGUAUGCUUUGCUGUUCCAGAAAAGGAAGUUGCUGCGGUUUCUGCUGCCUUACAUGUUAGGUUUCGUGAGGCAUUAGCAGCAGGGAGGUUAUCUAAGGUUGAAGUUAUUAAUGGUUGCAGCAUUCUUGCUGCUGUUGGUCUGAGGAUGGCUAGCACUCCUGGAGUCAGUGCAAUACUUUUUGAUGCGUUAGCAAAGGCAAACAUUAAUGUUCGAGCAAUAGCUCAAGGUUGCAGUGAAUACAAUAUUACUGUUGUAUUGAAGCAAGAAGAUUGUGUAAGGGCUCUGAGAGCUGUUCACUCAAGGUUUUUCCUCUCCAAAACUACACUUGCUGUUGGGAUCGUUGGACCUGGUUUAAUUGGUGGAACACUCCUUAACCAGCUGAAGGAUCAGGCUGCUGUUCUCAAGGAAAAUAUGAACAUUGAUCUGCGUGUCAUUGGAAUAACUGGCUCAAGUACAAUGCUUUUGAGCGACACGGGAAUAGACUUAACCCAGUGGAAACAGCUUCUACAAAAGGAAGUGGAACCAGCUGAUAUUGAUAAUUUUGUCCAUCAUUUAUCUGAUAAUCACGUAUUUCCGAACAAAGUUUUGGUGGACUGCACAGCGGAUACAAGUGUAGCAUCCCAUUAUUACGAUUGGUUAAAGAAGGGUAUUCAUGUCAUCACGCCGAAUAAGAAAGCAAAUUCUGGGCCACUUGAUCGGUACCUGAAAUUACGGACUCUGCAGCGUGCCUCAUACACUCAUUAUUUUUAUGAAGCAACUGUUGGUGCUGGCCUCCCAAUCAUUAGUACCUUGCGAGGUCUUCUGGAGACGGGUGAUAAGAUACUGCGAAUUGAGGGCAUUUUCAGUGGAACUUUGAGUUAUAUAUUUAACAAUUUCAAAGGAACAAAGACGUUUAGUGAUGUUGUUGCUGAAGCAAAAGAGUCAGGAUACACUGAACCUGAUCCAAGAGAUGAUCUAUCUGGAACUGAUGUUGCCCGAAAGGUCAUUAUCCUUGCAAGGGAAUCUGGUUUGAGGCUUGAACUUUCCGAUAUUCCUGUGAAAAGCCUUGUGCCAGAAGCACUUGCAUCAUGCUCGUCAGCAGAUGAAUUCAUGCAGAAGCUACCAUCUUUUGAUGAGGACUGGGCCAGGCAACGCAGUGAUGCUGAGGCUGCAGACGAAGUCCUGCGUUACGUUGGAGUGGUGGACACGGUGAACAAGAGGGGACAGGUGGAACUACGUAGGUACAAAAGGGAUCACCCGUUCGCGCAGCUCUCCGGCUCUGACAACAUCAUCGCCUUCACCACCUCGAGGUACAAGGAGCAGCCACUGAUCGUGCGGGGUCCAGGCGCGGGCGCAGAGGUGACUGCGGGUGGAGUCUUCUGCGACAUUCUGCGGCUGGCGUCUUACCUUGGCGCUCCUUCCUAG